UAGUAAACCAGUUUGUCACAGCCUGUGUUGAAAUGACAGGACUGUUACCUGUAACAACACCUGAACCUCCUGGUACACAUUACAGCUGAAAGCCUCGCGUGCUGCCUCCCGGCUGAAGCUGUCAAAAUGGAGGAAGAGGAGCAGCUGUGCUCCUUCAUGUUCCUGAUGACUUACAUGCUCCUGAAGCGCAGGAGAGACAUCAGCAACGCCAACAUCCAGAGGCGCAAUGAGAUCCAGAGACGCAUCAGACAUCGGCAGUAUUUCUUCCAGAGACAGAGGAGGAUGCUCAUGAUGAUGAUAGCAGGAGGGAUCCGCUCCAACGUCCGCAUCCGCACUCGUCCCUGGACCACCACUCAAAGCACUGACUGGUGGGAGCGGGUGGUGAUGACAGAGUUCCAGCCGUCUGAUUGGCUGGAUAAGUUCCGCAUGAGCCGGGAGACGUUCUUCUACCUCUGUGACAAGCUGAGGCCCCGUCUGGCUCGCCAGGACACCAGCUUCCGCCUGGCGCUGCCGGUGGAGAAACGUGUAGCAGUGGCUCUGUGGCGGCUGGCAUCCAACAUCGAAUACCGCACCAUCAGCACCCUGUUUGGCGUGGGGAAGUCCACCGUGUGCAGGUGUGUUAGGGACAUGUGUCAUGCCAUCGUGGCGCUCCUCAGCUCCAUCUACCUGCGGUCCCCCAGUGAGCAGGAGCUGGAGGAUUCAGCCCAGCUUUUCCUGUCCAACUGGGGCUUCCCUCACUGUGUUGCUGCCAUAGCAACCCUCCACACAGCUAUCAUCACCCCAUCAAACAACGCGUCGGACUAUGCCAACCCAGCUGGCUGGCUGUCAGUGCUGUCUCAGGUGGCUGUCAGUGCACGGGGACAAUUCUGGGAUGUAUGUGCCAGUUUCCCAGGCGGGACAGACCCAGCUGAUAUCUUCCAGAACUCAUCGCUGUGGGCCACAGCUGCAGAGGGUGGACUGUCGCCUGCCACGCCAUCUGACUUCAUGGGAAAACCACUCAGGUAUGUGCUGCUGGGGGAGGCGUGCUACCCUCUCCAGAGCUGGCUGAUGAAGGCCUAUCCUGAGGAAAAGGGUAGGAGGAUCAGCCACACGGCGCUGACGGAGCCACAGCGGCUCUUCAAUCGGCGACUCACCAGAGCUCUGCGUGUGUCUGAGGAGGCGCUGCUGAGGCUGAGGGCUCGCUGGCAGUGUCUGAGCAAGAGGAACGACUGCGGACUGGACGUGGUGCCCACCAUGAUUCUGGCGUGCUGCAUUCUGCACAACAUGUGCGAGUCCCACGGGGACGCCUUCAAGGAGGAGUGGCAGCAGGAGGUGUCGGAGGCAGAGAGCCCUCAGCCCAGCCACAAGCAGCUCACCUCGACCAGCACUGACCAAAGUCAUGCCGAGGAGGUCCGACAGCUCUUCUGUAACUACUUUGACGAGCAGAACAAUUAAAAAUGCUACAUGUAAAGACUAAUCCCCUUAAACGUGUACUGUUACAGUAUAUUUUUUAGCCACAUGGUGCUUGUUGAGUGGUUUUGAACAUGUAUUUUUAUGCAUACUUAAAGGACUGUGAAAGCAUUCAGAUGUUAGCAUAGAUCUCAAAUGAUGGUUGAACCUUAAAUGACCCAGAGAUGGACAAAGUAAAGCAAAGACUGACUGAAAAUAAGCUAAACCUGAAAAUUUAGACAUCAAAUCAAGUCUGAGAUGUCCGUAAAUCAUGAUGCAUCCACCAUAGGAAACAUACUUUUGAUUUAGGCAGGAACAUGUUUUUACCAUGUGACACCAUCCGACCAUCUUUACAUGUUCUGCCCCACAAGCAGUAGCAUGGGCCGAUUACGAGACAGACCUUUGGGCACAGACAUGCUGAAGGCCCCCAGCACCUCGCCUGCACAGGAACAAGACACACAUACUUUAUAGUUGUUGAGUCUCUUUUUUGUUGUUGUUUUGCGGUUCUUUGUAGAAAUUAUGCAUCUCCUUGAGGUUUUGUAUCCCUUUGCGGACAUUUUGUGUCUCUUUGUGGUUGUUUUGCCCCUUAAAGUAGUUGUAUUGCAUCUCUUUGUAGUUGUUUUGUGUCUCCUUUUGGUCGUUUUGCGUCUCUUUGUAAUUACUGUGCAUCUUUAUGUGUCUCUGUGGUUGUUUAGCUCCUUUUUGUAGUUGUCUUGAGUGUCUUUGUGUCUCUUUGCAGCGGUUUUGCAUCUCUUUGUAGUUGUUUUUGUCUCUUUUUGGUCUUUUUGUGACUUUGAAAUAAUUUUGUGUCUCUCUUGCCCCUUUUUGUGGGUGUAUUUCAUCUGUUUGUAGCUGUUUUGUGUCUCUACUUUGUUAUUUUGCAUCUCUCUCUGUAGUUGCUUCAUGUUAUUUUAUGUCUCUUUAUGGUUGUUUUCCCCUUUCAUAGUCAUUGUGAGUCUCUUUGUGUCUAUUUGCAGCUAUUUUGCAUCUCUUUUUACUUGUUUUUUGUCUCUUUCUGGUCUUUUUGUGUAUGUUUUUAUACAUUUUGUGUGUGUUUGUGGUUGUUUUGCCCCUUUUUGUAGUCAUAUUUCAUCUCUUCAUAGUAGUUUUGUGUCUCUGUAUGGUCAUUUUGCAUCUCUCUGUAGUUGCUUUAUGUUAUUUUAUGUCUCUUUAUGGUUGUUUUUCCCUGUUUUGUAGUUGUCAUGAGCCUCUUUGUGUCUCUUUGCAGCUGUGUUGCAUCUCAUAGAAGUUGUUCAUUCAUUAUGUGUUUGUGGUUGUUUCGCCCCUUUUUGUAGUCAUAUUGCAUCUCUUUGUAGUUGUUUGUGUCUUUUUUGGUCCUUUAGCAUCUCCUUGUAGUUGCUUUACAUUAUUUUACAUCUCCUUAUAGUUGUUUUUGCCCUUUUUUGUUUGCUGUCAUGAGUCUCUGUGUGUAUCCUUGCAGCGGUUUUGUCUUGCUUUGUGGUUGCUUUUUGUCAUUGUAUGUGUCUUUGUGGUUGUUUUACCCCUUUUAGUAGUCAUCUUGCAUCUCUUUGUAGAUGCUUUGUGUCUCUUUUUGGUUGUUUUGCAUCUCUUUGUAGUUGCUUUACAUUAUUCUGUGCCUCUAUAAGGUUGUUUUUCCCUUUUUCGUAGUAGUCGUGAGUCUCUUUAUGUCUCUUUGUAGUCGUUUGUGGUUUUUUUCUGGUCUUUUUGUAGUCAUUUUAGGUUUCUUUGUAUUAGUUUUGAGUCUCUUCCUGGUCAGUUCGUGUCACUUCGAGUGACAUCUUGCAGGUGACGGCCAGAGGGGGCCCCUGACACUUUGGGUCCCUUUGCUUGUGCCCAGUAGGUGCGUUCAGUAAUCCAUCCACAGUGGUAAGGAUCAAAGACCAACAAACUUGUCAGAAAAUCAAACAGUUGUUUUCUAUUGUGUCAUAAGCAUCACAGCCUGGAGUAGCUGUUUGCAAUGUCAUAGACUUUUUCUAUUUACUGGGCUCAUUUAUUUUGUUUUGUACAUUUUUAUGUAGUGCAUCACUGCAUAAAGAGCUUGUGUGAGUUUGGUGCAUAUGGUUUAAUCCUGUCUUUGAGUCUGUUUGUAAACAGUUGUAGAAAAAUGUACAAAAUGAUGUUUGCUUCAUUCCUGGUAACCAGUUUGCACUUAAUGAAUGAGUACAUGCAACUCAACACUGGGGCCACAAGAUGUCCCUGCUACCACAGCAUACAGCCACCACAGUCAUCACUAAUAAUGUGCCUGAGCUGAUGCUUGCAUUGUGCUGCAGGUUAUUGAUGAAUUGAUGGGGAUUAUGUACUUAAUUGAAAUGCCUUCUGUCUUUGAUGAUGAGCUGUUGCACCACAGUUUGAUAGAUUUUUUUUCCCAGCAGUGCAGAGGAGUGUGCAGCACGGACUUGAUU